AUGGUCCCGACGGCAACAGGAUCGGCGAGCAAGCCACGAGGUCCGAUCAAGUCGGAACGCAAUCGAGCUGCUGCAGCAGGGACAUCUUAUGCGACUGGGCCGGCCUCCUGGUCCAGUUCGGCGUUCCACAAGAAACGUGCUCACGGCAAGAGCAAUCAUGCCGGCAACGACGCAGUUGCUUCAGGAAGCAGUCACGGAAGAACUCCCUCCGAACGCACUCCGAUACCGCAUACAAAUGGAAACAAGCAGGGUGCAUCAAGGUCAGAUGCUAUAGCUUCAACGGUAGCUGAACAGAACGACAACACCGACGAAGACGACGACGAUGAAGAGGACGAGGAUGAGGAAGAAAUUGUCCGCUCUAAGACAGCACUGUCCUUGGCUGGGCACCCACUGCCUCCCCUUGCCUCCCUCGUCGAUGCGCUGUCUCGGUUCCCGUACCUUCAACGACUCGACCUGUCGUCCAUCGAGCCAUCAGAAUCUUCGCCAAAAGGUCUCGAGACGUUGACCUGGCUGGCAAAAGCCGUCUUUCGCAGCAAAGCAUCCAACAAGGGCAAGGCGCGUGCCUUUGGCGAUAACCUCACCUGGCUAAACCUUUCAUCGAAUGCCAAUCUGACCUCUGAGGCGUGCAUCGGACUGGAAGCGCUCGAGGAGCUCUGCGUGCUCACCCUCUCGCACUGCGCCCUCACAUCGCUGCCACCCUCCAUCAACCCGCUGCGCAACCUGAAGGCGCUAGUGCUCAACAACAACGCCAUUGCUAGCCUCCCGAAAGCAUUCCCGCAUCUGCCCGAGCUCAACUCGCUCAUCCUCUCGCACAACGAGAUUGCCUCGCUUCCCGCGUCUUUGCCAGCCUCACUACCGGCGCUGAAGAAGCUCUCCUUGGGACACAACCAGCUCAAAGGCGCUGAAAGUCUGCCGGAUUUCUCGCUCUGUCUAGCGCUGCGAGAGGUGCGGCUGAACGACAAUCCGGAGCUCGGCGGUCUUCCGGCGCACGUGAAGAACUGGGGCAAGGGUGCGGAUGGCAAGACGGCACCCGGACUCGAGCUGCUCGAGUUGAAGGAUUGCGGGUUGGACACCUGGGUGUCGCUGUCGACACUGGUAGAGGUGGAGGACGAGAAGGAGUCUCAGCCGAGAUUGCGGAGGAAAGGGCUGACGCAGCUGCUCUUGAAAGGGAACGGUGUGGCGGAAGAAGAGGGAUACAAGGAGAGGAUUCUCCAGGUGCAUCCCACGCUGCGGGUGCUCGAUAACGAGCGAUUGCAGCCGAGGGUCAAGCCUUCUGACAGAGACGAGGCCGAGAUCGAUGACGCUGAAGGGAGGAAGAGUAAAGGUGGCAAGAGGAACGACAAGGCAUCGCGAGGCAAGCGCAAUGCCGAGGCGAACAACAGCGAAGCAGAAGAGGAUGAUGAUGAAGCUGCUCAGAUGGCCGCGGACAUGCGAGCUCUUCGACGAGGCAGGCCGCAACCUCAGCCAGAGAGUGACGACGAUGACGGCGACGGCGACGGAGAUGGGUACGAAGCGGCUGCGCAGAUGGCCGCCGAGAUGCGGGCGCUACGUCGAGGACAUGCGGCGCCCGGCAAGUCGUCGAAGACGAAGCAGGACACCUCCAGAUCGGACAAGCAGCAAAAGACCACGAGACCGGAAAAGCAGAAGACCAGCAAGGGUCACACCAAGAAGACCGCUGACGCUGCCGAGGAAGACGACCGCUCCAAGCCCAAGCACAAACGAGGCGCUCGCGCCGGUAAGAAGGUCAACAAGACCUCCGAUUCUGACACCGUCAAGUCCAAGGAGACCAAGAAGACCACGGACAGCACCGACAAAAGCCGCGGCUUUUUCGAAGAAGUCGAUGCAGCAGCUGAGAAAGAGCGACUGGCGCCCAUCUACGAGCUCUCCAAGAAGCGCGCCAAGAUCGCCUCUGGUCGCACGGAAGUCGCGGAAGGCGUUCUCGAAGAUGCCACUUCCACACUCUCGAAGGCUCGACAGAAAGAGAGCAAAGGCCGAACAGAGCUCGACACGUUUGACGACGCCGCGCCUGCCCAAGCAGCAAAGACGCAGGUCAAGAAGAAGACGCAGAAGGAGGACGUGGUGGAGAAGCCGAAGGUCAACACAAGCGUGGCCGGUAUCGUUGACUUGCGCAAACAGGCGAAGGGCAAAUCGGACGGCGACAAGGGCAAGAAGCGAAAGGCGAACGAGCAGGACGAUGGCGGAAAGAAGAAGGCUAAGGCAGGUCUGCCAUUCGUGGCGAAGACGGCUGAGGCAGGGAAGACAGGAGCGGCGGACUCGUUUGGCUCCGGUUCAGAUGCUUGGGGUGCAGGUGGUGCUUGGGCUUAG